AUGUUUAAAACUUUAAAUAAUGAAUAUAAUUCACCUUUUUAUUCUAUACUUUCUGAACAAAUUUUUGAUGAAGAAGUGGUUAAAGUUAAACCAGUAAUCAAUAAGGAAUUAGAAUCUGAAUCUAAUCCAACAUUAA